UUGAGACGAGGCCAGGCUAGCCAGAUCUACGGAUUUAUCCGUAGAUCUACGGAUUUGUUCGCUUCUACGGAAUAACAUUUAUAUGGAAAAUCCGUAGAAAAGAAGGAAAAUCCGUAAAAUCUACGGAUUUUAACGAAAUAAUUCUGGCAACGCUGGACGAGGCUCGAAAGCUGCGCUGCCAGAGCUCUCGGUGCUCUUAUUUUGAUUAAUCAAAAAUAUCAAAAACAAAAUCCAAUCAAAUGAAUCGGCGUUUGUUGAUUUGUUUAUUGCGUGGAUAUUGCAGCUUGAGACUUGACUUUUAAAUCAAAAAUAGACACAAAUAUAACAUGGCAGAGAUAGAUGGUUCAGGAAGCCACUUUAAUGUUAAGACUGAACUCGAUGAUAGUGCUAUGAUCAAAAUCGAGGUCACUGAAAUAUUCGAUCCGGAUGACCUGGGUAGCGACUCGAACAGCAUUGAUCAAUGCGGAUCACUAACGGAAAAGUCGCAACAAAAGAUUUUAUCUGAGGAUAUCUCUUAUUCUUAUUCUAAGCACCACAGGAAAGGUAUCUACAAACGUACGAUGAGUCAGAUUGCCUCUGGAUAUGUAUUGAAAAAGGAUAAUUUUUUCCACUGUGGUAUUGAUGCUGGCGGUUGCAAUUAUGUUCAGCGACAAUUGGACAUAAGCAAUUUUGUAAGGCAUUUUAGGACCGUGCACCCACAGAGCGCACACAAGAUUGGUUUGUUUAGAGAUGGCAUGGAACCCAAACGAAAGCGCAUCAUUUCAAGAAAAGCGAUAGCAAUCGACGUUCAAAGGGCACUCGAGGCAUGUAUUAAACUUGUUACUUGCCACAAUUUGCCGCUGAGAUGUUUCGAAUGGUCUGGUCUUCGUUUAUUGUUAGACCCUAUUUCCGAAGCUCUAGGUUUACAGAUGAGGCAUAAGGAUAUUAAAUUACAUAUUCAUAGUGCAGCAAAACAAGUAACGAAUCUCAUAAAAGCAGGAAUAGAGAACAAGUUUGUGUCAAUAAGAAUUGACUCUAUUUCACGGCAUGGUCGCCAUGUACUGGCCGUGAACGCGCAAUAUGAAAAGAACCGUGAGGUAGUUAUGUACAGUUUGGGCAUAAUUGAAGUUAGAAAAAAAUCCACUGCCAAGCAACUCAAAUGUAAAUUGGACAACGUAUUCCAUCGCAAUGGCCUAACGAAAGAGCAAAUUUUUAUAAUCGUUGUCGACAAUGCAGCUAGCAUAAUUUGCAGCGAAAAACAGCUCCAAAAAUCAUUCACUGAUACGAUAGUUUCUAACGAGUUAGUGAAUGUAAAUGAUUUUAAUGACUCGCAAAAGGAAGAGGACUUACUAGAAGCAUUAUCGCAAGAACUAGCCGAACAAUAUUUUGUAGUUCGUGGUGCAGCUCGUAUGCUUUAUAUUGCCCUGAACGAUGUUCUCCAGGAUUCAGAUACGCGUGUUGUGCAAAUAACGGAAUUCGCGAACUGUUUGAGAAAGGUGAAAUAUAAACAUGAUUUCAGUGUUAGUAAGGCAAGUUACCCUCCCCUGUGCCCUCCUCUAAUAUGGAGUGGAAAGUACUCUACGUUCAAGAGUAUUGUUGAACAAGAAGAUUUUUUUACUUCUCUAGGCCAAUUAUUUCCAGAACUGAAGUUAAGUUGUGAACUGUGGCAGUUCAUGAAAGAGUAUAUAGCUGCAUUUACACCCGUUUACAAUAUUAUCAUGAUGAUGCAAAACGAACACCAUCCGUUUCCGGAUUUUUAUAUGCAGUGGUUGGUUGCAAUAAAAAAAGUACGCAGUUUAUCGGAUAAUUAUAUCUCUAAACCACUUGUGGAAGCGCUUACAAAAAGACUGGGCGAUCUAAAGGAAAACAUCGUGUUCAAAGUUGCUCUCUAUUUGGAUCCUCGCUUCAACUAUUUGAAUUCUGCUGUAUUCACCAAUGCUGAGAAAAUAGAGAUACAGAAUUAUAUUAUCGAUCUAAUGAACAAAAUCGGCAACAUUAAACCUACAGAGUCACCAGCGAGGUUAGCAGAAUCAGAACCGUCGAAUGCCUCUAAAGAUGAUAUGGAUGAUUUUCUUACCGAAAUGUUUGGAGGAACGUUAGAAACAUCACAAAAUGCUUUGCGAUAUAAGAACUCGCCCCUACUUCAGUUGGUUAAGGUCUUGGAAAUAGAACCAAGACAACCGCACAAUUAUGAUGUUUGGAAGCAUUGGAUAAUGAAUCAGACUAGCAGUGCUGAACUGUUCUCUGUGGCUAUGGUUGUGUUGGCUGCACCAUCGAACUACAUUCCGAUCGACAAAGUUUUAAGUACGUUAGGUGUGCUGAUAACCGGCAUUGAUAAUGAAAAUGACGGCCAGGCACUGGAAGACAUACUAUUGGUCAAGCUGAACCAAUGUUUUUUGGAAAGGAUUGACCUUUCAAAAGAUAAUAGUGAUAAUCAAGAGUCCAGCGAUGCCGGUAAUUAAUUCAAAAAUAAAAACAUAUUACAAUAAUGUUUGGGAUUGUUAUCAUCGAGUAA